GUAUUUAUGCACUUGCUAGUCACGUGGUCAGAAUACUACAUACAGAACGAGUAAUCAUGUCGGCUCCGGUUAAAAAACGAGAAAUUCAAGAAAAUGUGGGUGGUAGGGACGAUAAUGAAGAACAAGAAUUGUCUGACAGCGAGGAUAACGAACAAGAACAAGUUGAAGAAUCGGGAAUGGAAAUUCAAGUUGAUUUUGAAGGACGCAGCCCACAAGAUCCAGAUUUUCAUGGAAUCAAAACAUUACUGCAGCAACUAUUCUUAAAGGCACAUAUAGAUUUGGCUGCGUUAACCGAAUUAAUAGUUUCACAGAAUUAUGUAGGAUCGGUGGUAAAACAGUCAGAAGAUUUUGAAGACGAAGAAGAAGAAGAAGCGGAUGAUACUUUUGAUGUAUUUGGUAUUACGACUGUAAUAAAUAUAUCGGAUAAACAGCAUCUUCCGUGCAUACAACAAUUACGAGAUUUAUUGAUAGAAUUAUCUAGCGAACAUGCUACGGAUGCAACUUACACUUUGAUCAAAAAUGUACUUCAGAACGACUCACAACCAAUCGGUUUGCUAGUUAAUGAAAGGUUCAUUAACAUACCUGCGCAAAUCUCUGUACCUCUUUUCGAAAGUUUAAUCUCCGAGAUGAAACGCGCUAGUAGUAGAAAAAUGCCAUUUGAAUUUUCUUAUUAUAUACUCAUUUGUAAAUUGUACAAAAUGGAGGAUAAAAAGAUUGAAAAGAAAACGAAAAAUAAAAAGAAGAAUAACAGCGAAACGCCAACAAUUGUAUGGAGCAAUCCAGAAGAAGAAAUAUUUGCUGAUAAAGCUCUAGUUAGUUUUGAAUUUUCAGUUGAAAGAGAAACUGAUAGUGGUUUAUCCGGAACGUGGACUGAAACUGACGACGAAAUGAAACCAUUCAGACGAGUGUUGUUGAUAGAAGCUUCUAAAUUGCUAUCUAUAAUUAACACAAUUAAAAACCAAAUAUCUUAAUCUUUACUUAGGAUCAUCAAUCGAUACAUCAUGAAACUUGUUUGUACUUUUAUGGCUAUAUUAAUAUACUUUUCAUUAUUAAAAUUAUAAUUAUAAGAAUAAUCAUAACAAUAAUUAGCUUUAAAGAAAACAGAUCUUUUUCGUGUAUUUCUAUUAAAGAAAAAUGAAAAAGAACUAAGUAUAAGUUAUACAUAUAUACGUAUGUGAUAUGUUGAUAAGUGUAACUUUUCAUAUGAUAAUACAUUUUUUCUACCG